UUAUCAUUUUAUCAGUUACUUUCUUGUAUCGGAUCACUCAUUUUAGCUCAUAUGGAAUAAAAAUGACCAGUUUUCUUGUUUUCAUAGCCGUCUUACAAUUAGUGAGUUCCAAAGAGGCAACAUCAAAGCGAUUACUUUUGCAUUCGGAAGAUGACAUUUCACAACGACUUAUCAAAUUAGAGACUGAGCUGGAAACACUGAAGAAUUCUUCAAAACAUACAGGAAAUGGAUCUACGUACGUGAGAUGGGGAAGAAAUACUUGUCCUGGAGAUAAUGAGCUGGUAUAUCAUGGAUAUACGGCUGGUAAACACUGGAAUACUCCAGGAAGCGGCACUGACAAUUUGUGCCUUCCUCAUGAUCCAACAUGGGGAAAUUAUGUCGAUGGUAAUUACAACCGAUGGCGCUCACAUAUCUUCGGGGCUGAAAUUGACAUUGUUGAGCCAAAUCACAUCUUUCCUUAUGCAGUCAACGAAGAAGAUAUGCCCUGCGCCGUGUGCAAAUCUCCACGCUCUAUAUCCCUCAUGAUUCCAGCAAGAAAAGAAUGCUAUCCUGGUUGGACAAUGGAGUACUGGGGCUAUCUUAUGGCCGGACAUGACAACAGGGCAGGUGCUUACGAUCAUAUGUGUAUGGAUACCAGACCAGAGUUUGUUCCGCAUGGAGGGACAAACGAUGACCAGCAUAUCUUAUACCUUGUGGAAGCUCAGUGUGGCUCUCUGCCUUGUCCACCGUAUGUUCAAGGACGAGAACUUGCAUGUGUAGUUUGCUCUAAAUAAUGUACACAUUUCUGUGUCUUGUAUGGUUUGAAAAAUGUAAAUGUUAAAAAUACAUUUGAAUUUCUUUCGCUUU